AUGGUACCAAUGAUAACGAUAUCUCAUGUGGCUAUGACGUCGUCGUCUUUUCUCAUCGUGUGCGCUUCGUUUGAGCGUUACUGUCUCACUGUGAAUUCUCCAUUUCUUCCAUUCGCUCAAAAGUACCGUAACUUUGUGACCGUUUUUGCUCCGUUCUUCAUUUUGGCGUAUUUCAAUAUACGCAUUGUGAAGGCACUCACCAAGCACACAAAAAUGACCAUGUCUGAAAAUCCGAAUCUGGAUCCGGUGAAGCGUAAG